AUGGCUUAUCCAUCAAAAUUCACACCAUUGGCUGAUAAAGAAGUUCUUUUGAAAAAUUACAAAGGUAAAAGAUUACAAGAAUUACCUACACCAUCAUUUAUCAUUGAUAGAAAUGUAUUCCGGAAAAAUAGCGACAAGAUGCUUCACAACUCAUCGAAGUUGAAUGCUGAGUUUAGGGCACAUGUAAAGACUCACAAAUCUACUGAAGGAACUUUGUUACAAUUAGGUAGUGGAAGUUUGAAAACUGAUAAAGUUGUAGUUUCUACGUUAAUGGAAGCAUGGAAUCUAGUUCCAUUGGUGGAGAAAGGUCUUAUAUCUGACAUUCUAUUCAGUUUGCCAGUUGUCAAAUCAAGGUUGGACGAAUUGGCAGAUUUGAGUACGAAAGUUCCAAAAUUACGCUUAAUGCUAGACAGCCCGGAACAAUUGGAUAUCUUAACUGCCUACAAUAACUCAAAUUCACGAAAUCAGAAAUGGUCUAUUUUCGUCAAGAUUAAUAUGGGAACUGAUAGAGCUGGGUUGUUGAAUGACUCAGAAAUAUUGAACAAAGUCUUGAAAAGGGCAUUGAAUGACGAAGAAGUCAAGAAAAAUGUUGAAAUUUAUGGUUUUUAUUGCCAUGCCGGUCAUUCAUAUAGUGCUGAUUCGGAGAACAAAGCCAAGAGGGUCCUUAUUGACGAAAUCAGCCACGCAAAUAAAGCAGCAAAGGCAGCUCUUAAGGUAGACCCAAGUUUGACAAAUUUGCAAUUAUCUGUGGGUGCAACCCCAACAGCUCACGCAUCUGAAAUAUUAUCUCAAGAAGAGUUAGAGAACUCAUUGGGUGGUAAAUUAGCUGGUAUCUUAGAAUUACAUGCCGGUAACUACCCGUGUUGUGAUCUACAACAAGUGGCUACAGGUUGCGUAAGUUACGAAGAUGUGUCUUCUAAAGUUAUUGCUGAAGUCAUAUCUACCUAUCCAGAUAGGGGUUCUAAAUCACCUGGUGAGCAAUUAGUAAACGCUGGAGUUAUCGCAUUAGCUAGAGAAUUUGGACCAUUACCAGGUCACGGCAGAAUAUUGGAGCCCCGCCAGUAUAACAAUUGGAUUGUCGGUAGAAUAAGUCAGGAACAUGGUAUACUCACACCGUUAGAUGAAUCAAAAGAUACAACCUUUAUCCCAUUAGGUACUCAAGUCAGUAUUACGCCGCAGCACAGCUGUAUUACGGCAGCAUCUUAUCCUUGGUAUUUUGUGGUUGAUGGCUCUGACGAAGUUGUCGAUAUCUGGGUACCAUGGAGAGGCUGGUAG